AUGACGACUGUCACGCACAAAACUAAAGUUGAUCGGCCCUACGCACCGCUACCGUCGACCUUUUCGUUGCCUUAUGAGCCAGGAGUUUCCCUUCCGAGGGCGAAAUACGGUGGCCGACACACCGUUGCCAUGCUCAUGGGCGACGGUGUAAGUCCAGAAAUGAUGAGUCACGUGAAAGCCGUCUACCACACUCUCGAAGCGCCGGUCGAUUUUGAUGAGGUUUUAAUCGACAAUAACUCUGAUGAUGCCGCUGUUCGGGAAGCCAUUCUGGCUGUUCAACGGAAUGGCGUGGCCAUCAAGGGCAUAGUGAAUUGGUUUUGUUGUAAAAACCUUUUAGGACUAAAAUCAAAAAACAUAAUGAUUCGUAAGCAGUUGGAAUUGUUCGCCUAUGUACAGCGAUGUUACAGUUUCCCGGGAGUGGUCACACGACACAAGGACAUCGACAUCACGGUGAUUCGCGAGAAUACCGAGGGUGAAUAUAGCCAGUUAGAGCACGAAAGCGUUCCAGGUGUUGUGGAAUCCAUGAAAAUAAUAACUUAUGAAAAGUCGGCCAGAAUCGCUCGAUUCGCCUUCGACUAUGCGCUUCAGCACGGACGAAAAAAGGUCACAGCUGUGCACAAGGCCAACAUUAUGAAACUCAGUGACGGUCUGUUUCUUAAAACGUGUGAAGAAGUCUCCAAACUUUAUCCUAGUAUUGAAUUCAACUCGAUGAUUAUCGACAACUGCUGUAUGCAGCUUGUUAGUCGACCGCAACAAUUCGAAGUUCUCGUUCUGCCGAAUUUGUACGGAAACAUUGUGGGAAAUCUGUGUGCCGGAUUGGUUGGGGGCGCGGGUCUUGCUGCAGGGAUGAAUUUGGGCGAAAAUUAUGCCAUUUUCGAGUCCGGAACGCGGAAACAGGCGCGCUCCCUGAAGGGCCAGAAUAUCGCCAAUCCUGUCUCUAUGCUUUUGGCUUCUGCUGACUUGUUGGAUCACUUGGGUGAGGAACUCAGUGCUUCCUUCACUUACACCCCUCUGCAGAACGUGCGAACUCCCGACAUCGGUGGGAUGUACACCACCAAGGACGUGGUCAACGCCGUCACCUCGAGCAUUAUCUCACAAAUGCAGGAUUAG